ACUCAUGUCAGAAUAACCUAAAACGUUAAAAUAAUUAUAUAUUGUUAUGUAAAUGUAUAUUUAAAAUAUAUAAACACAACAAAUAGUCGGCCAUUAUUAAUUCUUUAACAUAAAUAAUAAAUAUGAAUAUAGCGCGUAAAAUUUGUUCAAUACGCUAUCCUCACGUUCAAAGCAAUGUUCACAGGAAAUUCAGAUUUUCUAGUGUAAACUUCGAUUCUACUAAAGCUGAUACUCAAAUACAAGAAGAGAAGUUUGAUUUCGAAGAUCUCAAAGUACUGGAGAGGGUGGAGCGACGGAAACCAGCUAUCCCGCCGUUCAUGAAAAACGUCUUCCUCUCAAUUUUCAAUCGUGAUUUGCUUGCAUACCCUGAAAUUUUAAACAAGGAGGAGUCCACAGCUCUAGAUAACAGAGUUAGCACUCUAAAGAAGACAUUUGAAGAUCCUAAAAGCACUGUAGAUGAGAGAAGAGAGGCUCUCUCGAGGACCGGCAUGUUCAGCGCCCCAGUGGCUCUCACAGACGGCGGUUUAGCCAUGAAUUGUACUGAAAGUCUGCGUUAUUUAGAUGUCAUAAGCGAUGACUUACAACUCGGUCAGGAAUUAAGUGAUCAUUGGGUGUGCUUGAACCUGCUUAAAUCAGGUUUAACUUCUGAUAAUUAUCAAAAAAUUAUUAAUGAUUUGACAACCGGUGAUUCCACUUUAGGUGUAUGUGUUCAAGAGAAAAUAUCUGAUCGGGUUCUGCAAGCUGAUUUCCGGACUAGUGCGGUCUUAAAUCAGCAUGGUGUAUGGGUGAUAAGUGGCGAGAAAAUAUGCAAAACGCCCACCAAAUAUAUAAUAGUACUCUGCAUCACUGAAGGGAUGAAGUUGAAGGCUUUUCUAGUCCACCCCGACGCCUCCGGAGUGAAUUACAGGGAAAACUUUGUGACAUUCAAGGAUACACCCGGUACUCCAUUGACUGAAGCCUCAGAAGAACAACUUUCAAAGACACUCGGUAUGUCAAGACUGUAUACAGCAAAUCUCUGUCGGAACAGCUUGAUGAGGAGCAUGAAAUCCAGCGUUGAAUAUGUCAGAUCAAGGUUUACAGCUGGUAAGCCUCUAUCCGAGUUGCCAACAAUACGUUCUCAGAUUGGUGACGCGUUGAUGACUAUAUACGCCUCGGAGAGCGCGGAAUAUUUCACAGCUGGCCUUUUAGACGGAUACAUGGACCCUGAUGCGGAAUUGGAAGUCGCGAUGUGCAGGAACUUCAUCGCAAAUCACGCCCAGUCACAAAUCCUGAAGCUAUUAGCGAUCCAAGGGGUUGAGAAACCACAGGAAUGUCUUCACCAGCUGGAUGAGAUGAGAAAGCUGUCCUCCCGCGGGGAAACCUUGGAAAACGUCAAUAUGUUCAUAGCCCUCAACGGCAUCCACCACGCCGGUAGGAACAUGGCGACGGACGUGAAAAGGCUAAGGAAUCCGCUAUUCAACCCAUCGUUCAUCAUAAAGAAGAUCAUCGCUGACAGAAACCAGGAGAGGGACGAACCUAGACUGGACCUGUACCUUUCGGAGGACCUCCAUCCAACUUUGAAGAAACCCUCGGAACAGCUGGAGUACUGCGUUCUUAGGAUGAGGUACAUAGUGGAAUCUUUGAUGAGCAGAUAUGGAACGGACGUGGUGAUGGCCGGCACUGAGUUAAACCGGUUGGCUGAAGCGUCUACGCAGAUAUAUGUCAUGGCUGCAGUACUGGCGAGGGCUUCCAGGGCAUAUUGCAUAGGAUUGAGGAACGGUGAGUUUGAAAUGAAAAUUGCAGCUUGUUUUGUCGAAAGCACCAAAGAUCAUGUUAAGAAACUGCUCUUGGAGAUAAGCGAAGGGGAGUACCUUAAUAUGGACCACUUCAGGAUAAAUUUCGGCAAGACCGUCCUCGAUAAUAAGGGCCAGUUGCUUGAAAAACCAACCGCGAGGGUUUUUUGGUAGAAUAAAUGCGUAUUACUGUU